AUGGCGGAUGGUGCAGAAGAGGACGUUCGUGAGCGCCUCAAGGCCGCUUUAUGGUUUGCAGUUGGCAAAAUCGUGGACGAGGAGUCCAUGCGACGCAACAGGAAUGCAACUCCUCAGUUCAUCGGAGCUCUGACGGAGAUGGUCUGGACGCAGAUCGGUGAGCCCCCAGACAAUGUCGCGGUGGACUUGGAGAGCUUUAGCCGCCACGCCAAUCGCACAACAGUCACAACAGAUGAUGUCCUGCUGCUGGCACGGAGGAACCAGGAUCUCCACGGCAUUAUCAAAGAUGUUGUGGACGAACAAAAGGCCGCAAAAGUAGCGAAGGGAAAAUCCAAGAGCUGA